AAUCUCACUGUUUUUCUAAUAGUAUGAUACACUUUGUUUUAUUUAUUCAACGCAAUAAAUAAAACCAAUAACAAACGAAUAUAUGGAUCACAUAAUAUAAUAAUUAGAUCGAUCAAUCACGAGACGCUCACCAAGAUACCUACUAAAUAAUGGCUGUUAUGAAAACCCCAGUGCUAAAAGUAAUAUUAUGUGGUGAAUAUGGAGUUGGGAAAACUUCUUUAUUUAGACGUUUUAUCAAUAACACUUUCCUUCCAAAUUCGGACCGGAGAUCGACAUUGGCAUUAGACCAUUUUGAAAAAGUAUAUCAUGUUGGAGAUAAGGAUAUCAAGUUGCAACUAUGGGACACUGGAGACAUGGAAAGAAUUGCUUCAGUUACAUCAAGCUACUACAAAUUUGCUGAAGCAGCAAUUUUGGUUUUUUCUCUAGACAAUGCUUCUUCAUUCCAUGUCUUAAGUCAGCAUCUAUUGGAUAUUGUAACAUAUGCUGAGAAUGCUAAAAUAUUUCUAUGUGGGAAUAAGUCAGAUUUAAAAGGAUCAACUGCACAAGUCUCUGAUGCAGACAUUGAAACAUUCUGUGAGCAGUGCCACAACUUAAUCAGUACUGCAUAUAAUACAUCAUGCAAGACUGGAAAAGGAGUUGAGGAGAUGUUCUCUGAUAUUGCAAUGCAAUUGGUGGAGAUCAAUUGGUCAAGAAUAGAACUGCAGACUCUUGAACAAAACAGUUUCAGGAUAACAAACCCUGAGCCAGAAGAUCCAUCAUGUAGCUGUUGACUCUACAUUUGCAAAUCUCAGAUUGGGUUACUUGUAAUAGCUUUACUAAUUUUAAUUUUAAAUGUGUUUGUAGUGAAAGAUGUGUGUUGUAAUUCUGUAGAACUUUGAAGUCUUAUAAUGUGGCAGCCAUGUAGGUAGGACUGCCCAAUUUGAUGUCAUAACAGCUAGAUUAGCUUGAAAGUUAGCUAGAAAAGCUCAGGAAUUAAUGUACUAUCCAAAUUUUAUUUCUAUUAAGACUUUCUACAGAUAUAUGAAAUAUAAAGGUUAAAUCAAUAUAUGCAUAAUCAAUACAAUAUUAUAACAUACAUAAUAUAGUUUUUAAGACUGGAUAGUAUAGACAACAAAGUUGUACAGGCAACUUCAGAUAUACAUGUUAAGUUUAUAGUGUUUGUAUUUAAUAUAGUGUUAGGCACAAGCUUAUAAGUACAUUAAGUACAAUAACAGAAUUCAUAUUUUUUGUAGAUUUAUCAUUUACUAAUAUUUUGUUUAUUUGUGCUAGGAUAGCACUUACACCCAAUGUUCAUUUUAGUUUAUAUUGUAUAUACUGAUAGAUAAGUGGGAUUGUUUGAAUAAAUUGAAUCUCAGAUUUACAUAAAAGCAGCCUUUAUUUAUUAACAAAAAAUAAUAUAUACGCUCAAUAAUACAUAAUCUAAUAAUAUGUAUUCAUAAAUAAAUUGAACAGUUUAAAAUAUUUUGACAUAGUUUCAUCAUUUCACAAUUCUACCAUGAUAAUAUUAUAAACAAAAGACUGCUACACAUGUUAUCACUUAUUUUGUUCAACAAUUAUCUUUCCUUGCUCAAUUUUUUAUCACAUUGUCAUCUUGAUUAAUAUAAAUUUUUAUUGUCCUAUAAAGGGACAUGAACAAAAUCUCAUUAUAAGUUAUCAAUAGUUAUAUACGUAUUCUCACCAGAUCCUCUUUAAAAUAAGUCAUAAUUUUUGUUCCUUAUUGGAUAUCUUUUUUUAAAAUAUUAUAUUACAUUAUUAAUGCUGUGACCA